AUGGGUUCGCUCACCGGCAACCACCCCGCCUACGUGGUCAGCACCCGCACCGGCAUCGUCGAGAACCGACACGAGAUCCACGCCAUCGUCACUGACGCCGGCGGCCGAUGCCUCCGCGCGCUCGGCCGCGACCCGCGACGCCUCACGCUCGUGCGCUCCGCCGCGAAGCCCUUCCAGGCGCUCGCCGUCGCGGAGACGGGCGCGCUGGAGCGCUUCGCCUUCGGCGACGCGGACCUGGCGCUCGUGUGCGCGUCGCACAGCGGCGAGGAGCGGCACGUCGCGCGCGCACAGUCCAUGCUGGCGCGCGGCGGGGGGCACGUCGAGGCGGACCUGCGCUGCGGUGGGCACGCGGCCAUACUGAGGGCGCGGGACGAGGAGUGGAUGCGCAAGGGCAUCGUGCCGACGCCCGUGUGGAGUAACUGCUCGGGCAAGCAUGCGGGUGUGCUGGCGGCGGCGAGGGCCAUCGGUGCGGGUGCGGAGGGGUAUCACGAGCUGGCGCAUCCGAUGCAGCAGCGCGUCAAGAAGAUCGCCGAGGAGCUGUCCGGGCUGGAGCCGGAGGAGAUCAAGUGGGCCGUCGACGGGUGCAACAUGGCUUCGCCGGCGAUGCCCCUGAGUAACCUCGCACACAUCUACGCGCAGUUUGCGCAAGCCGUUGACGACGACGUUGCCUCCUCCUCCUCCUCCUCCUCCUCCUCGUCAACAUCAUCCACCACAUCACCAGAAAGCAAGAAAGCAGCACCCUCGCCGCGGAGGCGCCACAUGGCACGCAUCUUCAGCGCCAUGAACACAUACCCAGAAAUGGUCGCCGGCGAGGACCGCUUCUGCACGGCGCUCAUGCGCAGCUUCCCGGGGCGGCUCAUCGGCAAGGUCGGCGCCGAGGGGUGCUACGCCAUCGGCGUGCGGGAAGGUGAGGACACGCGGCGACUGGGCGCCGAGGGAGCACUGGGCAUCGCCAUCAAGGUCGAGGACGGGAACAUGGACGUCGUGUACGCGGCCACCGCCGAGAUCCUGCGCCAGCUCUGCAUAGGGACCGAGGAAGAGAGAGAAGCGCUCGAGGUGUUUCGGCAGAAGCCGCUUGUCAACACGGCGGGACUGGUCACGGGCGGCUACGAGUGUCCGUUUGACAUUAUGCUCGAGUGA